AUGGAUUCUACAAGUUGUGCGAAUAAAGAUUCGUUCCGUGAAACCUCAAGAGUAAGCUCAAGGUCAUUUUCUUACUCAAAUUUAAACAACGCCUCUCUACAGCUUUUAAAGGCAGACUUUGUCGCCUACUCAUUUCUGGCCCAGGGCAAGUACUUUAAGAGAAUCUCACAACAAAUUUCAAAUACAACAACCCGUUCUAAACAUGAAUCUUCAACCAGUCGAACAGAUUUUAAUCCCAAUUUAAACACACAAAUCUCACACAAUCUCACAUCCAAAUCUAAUCCUGAUGGUAAAUCUAAUUUUGAUCUUAAAUUUAAUUUUGAUACUAAAUCCAAACUGGAUCCUAAAUAUUACAAGUUAAGUCCUGGAGAGCUGAAAACAGAGUUUAAAUUUUCAAAAUCAAACUGGAAACGUUCCAGUUUAGGCUCAAGAUUAACGUAUUUGAAUAGGAAAUGUCAUUUUAAUGGAAUCAGCUCUAAGAAGCACACGUAUUUGUGUUUUUUUAGCGCAUUAGACCUGCCGGUAAAGUCGGAUCAGUUUGAAGAAUUAUUCUCACAGUUUGAGAACUACGUAAUAAAGCUGUUUUCAGUACAUCCAACACUGGGGUCCGAGAAAAGAGGAGGCUGCAUAGACGAAGACGGCUCAAUGAUAGGCUCGAUGCUUAAUUACAUCCGAUCAUACGAAUGUUCGCUCCACCUGCUGUCACAGAAGCCGAGAAACUACUUUUACAUUUCACUAUUUCUCCUAAUUGUUCUCCUGAGGAAUAUGCGACGGCUACUGCACCACUACAGACCCAAUUCUACACUUUUGGAGUUAAUUUUGAUCCUAGUUGAGGGCAUCUAUUUGUGCCAAAACCAUCUGCACAGCUUUUUUCACCGUACUAACGGGACUAUUUUAAAGGGAGAUUCAUUUAAAUUUGAACCGAGUGAGGGGAAACGUAACGAUUUAGUGAAUAAAGAGUUAUUGAAGAGUUUCAAUGAAAGUUGUAACAGAUGUAGAAACUCAAUUUAUAACCUGUGUAAGGCAGAGUCGGCUAGAUAUUACGAUGAUUCUAAGCCUGAGUCAAAAAGUGAUAAAUGUGAAGAUAAUAAACAGGAUACUGCGUUAAGGAGUGGAAAUAGUACUUCAGGUCAACCGAAUACGGGGCUAAGGAGUGAAAAAUCUACGUCAGGUGAAGUGGAUUUAUCAGAAUUUGAAACUGCUAGAGAAGAUAUUCCAACGUUUUAUGACAAUAUUUCGUCCCUAACAACACGUUGUGAGAGUGUUGACAGUCGUUUACGGUACGAAUUGGUCGAGAUUUCUGAGCUUUCAGGCCUUAAUUUGGUUCUAGACGAGAAGGUUUCAGAGUGGAUUUCAGAGCUAUGUAAUUUGUCGAGUUUUUAUUGUAAAUUAGGUUCUGAGCCCAUUUUACUCAGUAAUCCGUUCCUUAAAUUGACACUUAACUCUGACACCGUCUUGCCAAAAGUUUGCAAAUUCUCAUUUACAAAUUUAUCUUUUGACCGCAUUUUGCACUUGAAACUGGUAGACUCGCUAUUUUAUUCUCAACUUUGCUCAAAAUCACCUGAAAUUUCUUUGAGGUCUUCUCAGUCCACGACAUUGCUCAAGCCCAGGAAAAGCAGUUAUAGCCGGUGGUCUGACGAUGAGGUUAAUUUGCUCAUAAGGUCCAUUAAUCGGUAUGGUACUGGGAACUGGUCCUUCAUUGCUCGUGCUUACUUUUUGGGUAAAAAGUCUCCAAUGCAGCUUAAGGACAAGUGGGCCAAUUUGGUCCGUUACGGCCAUGUGAAACAACUUGAACCGCCUAAAACCAAAACUCGAAAUCUUAAAAAAUGGACUCUAGCAAACGCUUAA